CCAGAGUUGCUUUUUGGUCUUCACAUGGGCAAAGUCCAACAGCUUUCUUUGCAGCAAUCCUCUACAGCAAAUAAUUGUUUCACCAGGAUGGCCUGGUGGGUGCUCUUGGGUAUCUGCAUAGCUGUUGCUGGGCAGCAGGCAGUGGCAAGCAGCUUGCCACCACCCUGUGACAGUGAGAUCUACUGCACCGGGGAGCUGCUGAGGCAGGUCCAGCAAGCCAAGCUCUUUACAGAUGACAAGUUCUUUGUGGACAUGCCGCUGAAGGAAAGUCCAGAGGUGGUUCUGGAGCGAUUCCAGAGGUUGGUGAACGAGACGCCUGGCAGGGAUUUGUCCCAAGAGCAGCUGAAAGUAUUUGUAGAUGAAAACUUUUCCCCACGAGGGCAGGAGCUUGAGAACUGGGAACCUCCAGACUGGACAGACAGCCCCCCACUUCUUCAGAGGAUUGUGGACAAGAAGCUGCAGUCCUGGGCCCGGGAUCUGAAUGCCAUAUGGAGGCAGCUAGGCAGGCAGAUGAAACCAGAAGUCAAAACUAGCCCUGACCGUCACUCCCUGAUCUACGUGCCAAACCCACUGAUAGUGCCUGGUGGGAGAUUCAUUGAAUAUUACUACUGGGAUUCCUUCUGGGUCAUUGAAGGGCUGCUGCUCUCCAAUAUGACGGCCACCGCCAGAGGCAUGAUUGAGAAUUUCCUCUACCUUGUGGACAAAUUGGGCCACAUCCCAAAUGGGGGAAGGGUCUACUAUGAGCGCCGAAGUCAGCCCCCCUUCCUCACGCUGAUGGUGGAGAGUUACUGGAAACACACAAACGACACCGACUUUUUGAGGAACAAUCUUCAUCUCCUUGAGGCUGAGUACCAGUUUUGGCAAGACCAUCGGGCUGUCAAUGUCUCCUUUGGGGAGAAGGAAUACACCUUGAACCGUUACAAUGUCCAAGUUGGGGGGCCCAGACCAGAGUCCUACAUGAAGGAUGUGGAAACUGCUGCUGGCUUAGAUGAAGGAGCCCGGGAAAUCCUCUGGGCUGAGCUGAAGAGUGCAGCUGAGUCAGGCUGGGAUUUCUCCUCUCGUUGGUUCCUCCCGGAGUCACCCCUGCUUGAGGCCUCUCUGAAAGACACCAAAACCAGUGCCAUCGUGCCAGUGGACUUGAACGCCAUCCUUUGCAGGGUGGAACAGCUUCUGGCCACAUUCUAUGGGGUUCUGGGGAACAAGGAGAAGGCCAACUUGUUCCAGGCUGCUCAUGAGCAACGGGUGGCUGCCAUCCGUGCUGUCCUCUGGAGCAACAGUACUGAAGUCUGGCUGGACUACAACCUACUACACCAGAGGCACAACAAGGCUUUUUAUCCAACCAACCUCAUGCCCCUGUGGAUGGAAUGUGGGGUGGAUGUGGCCACUUCCGAGAAAGCCCUUCGCUACCUGGAGUCGAGUUCAGCGCUCUCCUAUCCCCACGGAGUGCCCACCUCUCUGGUUCGAACACAGCAGCAGUGGGACCUGCCAAAUGCCUGGGCCCCUCUCCAGGACGUGGUGAUCUCAGGUCUGGCCAAGUCCUCGUUGCCUCGAGCACAAGAACUGGCCUUCACUUUGGCACAGCGCUGGAUCAGCAUGAAUCUGGCUGUCUAUGAGAAAUACCACUACAUGUAUGAGAAGUAUGAUGUCGAAGGCGAUGGGAAACCUGGUGGUGGGGGAGAGUAUCAAGUACAGGAGGGGUUUGGUUGGACCAAUGGAUUGGCCCUGCGUCUCCUGCAUCUCUAUGGCGACCGCCUCACCUCUGCAGGCACAUUGCUCUUUCGCUCCUGGCUCUGCGUUGGGGCCUGUCUUGUUCUGUCCUUGAUCUAGGAGUGGCUGCUGCUGCAGGUGAUGGCCAGAAUGUUGCUCCAUCACCAAAAGUGGCUGUCCUUUUGAUGUCUGUCUGGGUGGGCUGGUGCUCUGCAUGG